GCCGCAGCCGCCACCGCGCCGGGCCCGCAGCACUGAGGCCCCCCGUGCCCCCGCGCCCCAGCGCGCGUCCCCACCCCCGCUGCCUCCGGUCACCAUGGACCGAAUGAAGAAGAUCAAACGGCAGCUCUCCAUGACGCUCCGGGGAAGCCGACCCUCGGAGAAGAGCGGCGGCUCUGAGCAGAUCAACAUCGAAGACAGUAACUGCAGUGACAACGGCCCUAGCCCUGGUGGGAGGAAGGGCAUCUUGCCCUCGUCCCACAGCCUGCUACCCACGGUUCGCCUGCCCCCCCGAGCAUCCAGGAGCUUGCCCGCCCUUGGCCCCACCCCCCGGGCACCCCGGCAGCCUCCACCACCGCCGGCCCGCCGGCCCCGGGCCAGUCGCAGCCUCAGCUCCCCACUGGAUCAUGGCACCAGACUAGAGAUUGUGCACGAAGAUUUGAAGAUUGGUUCAGAUGGGGAGAGCGACCAGGCGUCAGCCACGUCCUCUGAUGAGGUGCAGUCACCCGUGAGGGUCCGAAUGCGAAACCAUCCGGCCCGCAAGAUCUCUACUGAGGACAUCAACAAGCGCCUCUCCCUACCUGCCGACAUCCGGCUGCCUGAGGGCUAUCUGGAGAAGCUGACCCUCAAUAGCCCGCUCUUUGACAAGCCCCUGAGCCGGCGCCUCCGCCGGGUCUCCCUGUCUGAAAUUGGCUUUGGCAAGCUGGAGACAUACGUGAAGCUGGACAAACUGGGAGAGGGUACCUAUGCCACUGUAUAUAAGGGGAAGAGCAAGUUGACAGACAACCUGGUUGCCCUGAAGGAGAUCCGACUGGAGCAUGAGGAGGGUGCCCCCUGCACCGCCAUUCGAGAAGUAUCUCUGCUGAAGGACCUGAAACACGCCAACAUUGUCACCCUGCAUGACAUCAUUCAUACUGAUAAGUCCCUGACCUUGGUCUUUGAGUACCUGGACAAGGACCUGAAGCAGUACCUGGAGGACUGUGGCAACGUCAUUAACGUGCACAACGUCAAGCUCUUCUUGUUUCAGCUGCUCCGGGGCCUGGCCUACUGUCACCGACAGAAGGUGCUACACCGUGACCUCAAACCCCAGAACCUGCUGAUCAACGAGCGAGGGGAACUCAAGCUAGCGGACUUUGGCCUGGCCAGGGCCAAGUCCAUCCCAACCAAAACAUACUCCAACGAGGUGGUGACGCUGUGGUACCGGCCUCCCGACAUCCUGCUGGGCUCCACGGACUACUCCACCCAGAUAGACAUGUGGGGCGUGGGCUGCAUUUUCUACGAGAUGGCCACAGGCAGGCCCCUCUUCCCCGGCUCGACGGUGGAGGAGCAGUUGCAUUUCAUCUUUCGCAUUCUGGGGACCCCCACUGAAGAGACUUGGCCCGGCAUCUCCUCCAACGAAGAGUUCAAAAACUAUGAUUACCCCAAAUAUCGAGCGGAGGCACUACUGAGCCACGCACCCCGGCUGGACACCGAUGGGGCGGACCUCUUGGGCAGACUCCUGCAGUUUGAAGGACGGAAUCGGAUCUCUGCGGAUGACGCCAUGAGACACCCCUUCUUCCAGAGUUUGGGGUCCAGAAUUCAUAAACUCCCUGACACUACUUCCAUAUUUGCACUAAAGGAGAUCCAGUUACAGAAGGAGACCGGCCUUCGCGCAGCCUCCCUCACAGACUCGGGUGGGUGUGGCUCCCACCCCCUAGGCUCCUCCAGCUGUGGGCCGGCUGGCUCUUCCCAAUAGCUCUCUGCUUCCCCCCACAGGCAGGCCAGCCUUCCGGGUGGUGGAUACCGAGUUCUAAGCCCUCGGGGCAGCUGGCUUUGAGAAGGUGCUGGUGACUGGCUGGAGGCUGAAGCCUCCGGAGGCCCAUGGAGGCCGCUGGGAGAAGGGCUGCAGUGGAGCCAGUCCUGCUCUCUACCUAUGUCUCUCCCCGCCUUUUCUCUUCUUCCCCCCUUCCCCCCCACCCCCUGCACAGCUCGCACCUCGCCGCCGCAAAGACCCUCCACUAACCUGCCUGCUCCUGGCUCAGCUGCCUCCCCCGCCCCCCACUCUCCUCCACCCGACUUGUGGAAGGGUGCUAACAAAGCUCUUCCCUCCCUCCGCUGUCUGCUGUCUGUUUGUUUCCCUCCAGUCAUCGGACAGCAUGGCCGGGGCGGCCUCCGGCUCCGGGGCGGCAGCCCCCCUCCCCCCCCACUGACACCCUCCCUUCUGUGCUCAUCUCUCCCCUGCAGCCCCCGAGGAGUGGGAGGGAGCCUGGGAGGGAAGGAGGCGGGCCAAGGUCUCGGGCACCUCCCGAGCGGAGGUGAUCCUGCGCUCCAAGACGGGCUGCCGCGGCCCCAGCCUCCUCCUGCGUCCCCUCCAUCCAUUUGUCCUUUUUAAAAAAAAAAUAUUAUUAUUUUGAA